AUGACCGAACCUGACAAGCACGACCUCGAAGCAUCCCCCAUCUCCAUCCCCAACUCCACCAAACCCUCACCCCCCAAAGACAAAGACAAAUCCCCCAACCUCAUCACCUGGAACGGACCCGAUGACCCAGAAUCCCCCCAGAACUGGCCCAGAAACCUCAAAUGGAAAAACACAUGGUCCAUCUCCCUCUUCGUCUUCAUCUCGCCCAUCUCCUCCUCAAUGAUCGCCCCAGCAAUGAACGACCUCGCACAGUCGCUGGACAUGAUACACUCUGAAUUCGAGAUAUAUCUGUCCCUGAGUAUCUUCAUCUUGGGGUAUGCUAUUGGUCCCGUGUUUUUUGGGCCUGCGUCGGAGGUAUAUGGACGGGUUAGGAUCUUGCAGGACAGUGAUAUGUGGGCUGCGGAAGAACGGGGAAAAGCUAUGGGUGUGUAUACUCUCGGACCAUUACUGGGACCUGUGGUGGGACCGAUAGCCGGAGGGUUUAUCGCCGAGUAUUCGACCUGGCGGUGGGUGUUUUGGGCUACGUCUGCUGCUGCUGUCGCGGUGCAGAUUGUUGGGAUGUUCUGGUUGAGGGAGUGUCACCCGGGUACGAUUCUACGGAGGAGACGAGAUGCUCUUGUCAAGGAGACAGGGAAUCAGGAGCUUCAUACCGCGGAGAAAGUCGAGAGUCUGGGAUAUAAGCUCCUUCAUGCGUUUGAGCGGCCGGUGCGCAUGUUCACGACUCAGCCGAUUGUCUUCUGUAUGGCGCUUUAUAUGGCGUACGUCUUCGGCGUGACGUAUUUGAUGUUUGCGACUUUCCCGGAUAUUUGGACGGAGGUAUAUCAUGAGAGCUCUGGGAUUGGGGGCCUCAAUUAUCUGUCGAUCGCGAUUGGGUCGUUCAUCGGGCUGUUUUUGAACCUCAAGCUCGUGGACCGGAUCUAUCGUGGUCUUAAAGCCCGGAAUAAUGAUAUUGGCAAACCCGAGUUCCGAAUGCCGUCGUUGGCUGUCGGGUCGGUGAUCAGCAUCGUUGGGCUGUUCUGGUAUGGUUGGAGCAUUGGACAUACUCAUUGGAUUAUGCCGAAUAUCGGUGCGCUGAUCUAUACCAUGGGCACGAUCUCCUGCUUGCAGGGCAUGCAGACGUAUAUUGUGGAUAGUUAUCAGACUUACGCGGCUAGUGCUUUGGCUGCUUGUGCUGUGCUGAGGAGUUUGUGUGGCUUUGGAUUCCCGCUGUUUGCUCCUUAUAUGUAUAACGCCCUGGGGUAUGGUUGGGGUACCAGUGUGUUGGCGUUCACGGCUAUGGUUUUUGGAUUGGGCGGGCCGUUUGUCUUCUGGAGAUUCGGGCCCCGGUUGCGUGCCAUGUCUGACUAUGCCUCUGGUUGA